GCUUUCUCUGACUACAACUCUCGUUUUUCACGUGUCAAAAGAAGAUGCCGCGGGUUUACAAGAGGAAGCAUCCCGACAGAGCUCAAACAUCGAACAAUUUGAUCCUGGAUGCUGUGAGAUUGGUGUGCGAUGAAAAGAAAAGUAUAAGAGACGUAGCAGAAGCUUUUGAAAUAUCAAAAUCAUUGCUUGGCCGAGCAGUGAAGAAGUACAGAGAAUGCGGUGACACAGGUGGCAUCAUGUUCAAGUCCAAUUUGGUCUGCGGAAUGGUCUUCACAACAGAAGAUGAAGUACUCUUGAAAGAAUAUUUGCUGAAAGCAAGCAAAAUGCAUUAUGGGCUUACGAGAAUGCAAGUUCGUUCACUGGCAUACGAGUUUGCAACAGCCUUAAAGAGGAAGUGCCCGGCGUCAUGGGAACAGAAGAAGGUAGCUGGAAGAGACUGGUUUAUGGGCUUUAUGGACCGCCAUCCCGAGCUAUCGCUUCGAUCGCCAGAAGCGACCAGUCUGGGUCGGGCAACAAGCUUCAAUAAGAACAACGUCGAUGCUUUCCUUUCAAACCUGAAAAGUGUCUACGACCAAUACAAGCUAACUCCGGACCGCAUCUACAAUUGUGAUGAAACGGGCUUCACAACUGCACACAACCCACCAAAGGUAGUAGCAGCACGUGGAGAAAAGCAAAUCGGUCAGAUUACAUCCGCAGAACGCGGCGAACUGGUGACUGUUUUGUGCACUGUCAAUGCCAUCGGAAACGCCCUGCCACCAGUGUUCAUUUUCCCACGCGUGAUGUUUAAAGAUUUUUUUCUGUAA